CACAACACACGUGACAAAGACAGAACGAACCCAACGUAAGUGCAACGAAACAACACAAUCAAUGUCGGCGCUCUUAUUUCACAGUUUUUGCAACCGUUCAACUUCAAUGGCCCCCCAUUUUCUUCCACCGCCAUCAAACUACUACUACACCCCCCCUAAUCUUCCACCGCCCUUUCCCUCCCUUUUUAUAUUCAUCACCACCACACUCCACUCUAUUCUUCUUCUCAUAUUCUAUUCACACCCCCUUCACCUUUCUACCUUUCUAUUCACACCCGCUCAAAAAAACCGUUUUUUCUGUUAUUAUUCAACUUAACAUGAAUCCAAAUGAUGAAAAAAACUCUCCCAAAUUUUCUUCUUCAUCUUUGAUGGAAUAUGAAGCAUCAGCUAUAGGUGGUGGUGGUAGUGGUAGUAGUGAUGUUCCUGUGCCUAUGGAGUGUUUGCAGAUGAGCCCAGUUCCACCAUUUCUUUCAAAAACAUUUGAUUUGGUUGAUGACCCUUCAUUGAAUCCAAUCAUAUCAUGGAGUUCCAAUGGUGGUAGCUUUGUUGUUUGGGAUCCUUUGGAGUUUGCAAGAAUUAUCUUGCCUAGACACUUCAAACACAACAAUUUCUCCAGUUUUGUUCGUCAGCUUAAUACUUAUUUUUAGCAUUCAGAGACUCCUACUGCUGGAAUUGGCAACAUAGGAGACAAUGUUGCUCUCCCUUUUCAAGGGAUUUUCAUCUUCUAAGGGAUUCCGCAAGAUUGACACCGACAAAUGGGAGUUUUUUAAUGAAGGUUUUCAGAAAGGUAAGAAGCACUUACUGAAGAGCAUUCAAAGGCGCCGCACGUCUCAAUCUCAGCAAGUUUGUAACUAUGUUGGAUCUUCUUCUGAUGCAGCAGGGAAAUCUGGAGUCGAGGUUGAGAUUGAAAGAUUGAGGAAGGAGAGGACUGUGUUAAUGCAAGAAGUGGUUGAUUUACAGCAACAACAACGAAUGACGGCUAGUCACGCAGGUAAUGUGAAUCAAAGGCUUCAAUCUGCUGAACAAAGACAGAAACAAAUGGUAUCUUUCUUGGCCAAGUUGUUUUCAAAUCCGGAAUUUUUAGCGCGACUUAAGCAGAAGAAGGAACAGAAAGAUAUAGAAUCUCCAAGAGUUAGAAGAAAAUUUAUUAAGCAAAACCAAAAUGAAGAAGAAAAUCUCAAAGAUGGAAAGAUAGUGAGGUACCAACCCAAUUGGGGAAAUAUGAACAUGUCUUGUGAAACUCAAGAACUUAGUCCAGUUUCCAUUGAAAACUCUCCUCACUAUCUUUCACAUGAUCUAGCUAAAGAAAUGAGUACAGGUGAAGAAGAUUUUACUUCUCAAAUUGAGAAUAUUUCAUCAGAUGAAUAUGCUGGAAUGCAUGGAAUUUUCAUGUCAAAUUCAGAAACUAAUAUUAUUGAAGAAGGAUCAUCUAGUUUUGGACUUGAUGAACCCCUUUUCAAAGGAAAAAAUGUUAUUAGUCCAAAUGAGGAAGUUAUUCCUGAGAAUUUUGAAGGGUUUCAAUCUAUUGGGACUGAAAGUAUCAUCAAGCAAGAAGAUAUAUGGGACCCUAGCUUCAAUGUUGAUGCUGGUGCUACUUCAAACUGUGGGAAUGAGAUGUGGGAUCCUAUGAAUUAUGGAAUAUCUGACUUUGGAGUUGUUACAAGUGGUGACAUGUCAGAUAUGUGGGAUAUUGGUUUUGGAAGUUUGGGUAUUGAUAGGUGGCCAGCUGAUGAAUGUCCUUUUGAUAAAAUAGAUAGUCAAGGUGGUAAGCAUGAUAGACCUACCUAAGAAAAUCUUGAUUCAUAAGUUUGGCAGAAUCACGGCCGGCUUCCAUGAUUUGGCAGAAGUUACAUUUUGGAGUUUCAAUAAAAUCACGGUGUUAUUGUGAUUUUGUCAAAUUCACCAUCAACUCAAACAAGCAUCUAUUCCUACAAUUGUUGCCUUUGAGCAAUUAUAGUUCCUAGGGGUCAUAUUAUUGAAUAACUUUGAUUUAUAAUCAAUAUUCAUUCAUCAGCUUUGAUUAUUUCUUUAUUUCCACAAUUUUUGUUAUUCUUUUUAACAUGCUUUUCUUUGUAAAUUCUAAUUCUUUAAUUGCAUUCAAUCAACUCAUCGGGUGGAUGAUGAUUUAAGUAAACAUUCUUGGUAUCAGCGGAAUGACGAACACACACUAUUUAAAUUGUAUA